AAUUGCGAGGCUCGCGCGGAGUCUGAGCUACUUAAACGGCUCCCGGAUGGGAGAACUCCGAGAGUGCAGUGAAGUUCCGUUCUGCUGAAGGUGCCUCAGUGCAGUGUUAGUGUGGCAGUGUGUUAGUGACGCUUGCAGUGUUAGUGUGUCAGUCAUGCAGGUGAAGUGGGUGGUGAUGUACCGGAGCGCGGUGCUGCUGCUGCUGCAGGGCUGCCUGAGCGCCGCCGCCGGAGGAUGGAGAGAAUUAAAGAACGACGCUACGGAGCUGAGCCCGGAGUUCAGCAGCCACACAGCACAUCCAGCCCACCACCUUCAGCCAUCUAACAACAACACGAUGAACGAAGCCAAAAACGGGGGCAGGAGGGUGUCAGCUAAUAGCCCUGCAUAUGAAGCCUCUGAGCUGAGCUGCCGAGAGCUGCGCAUUACCCGUUACAUCACUGAUGGUUUAUGUCGUAGUGCCAAGCCAGUUAAUGAGCUUGUGUGUUCAGGCCAGUGCCUGCCUGCUCACCUGAUGCUCAAUUCCAUCCUUCGGAGCAAGUGGUGGCGCAGCAGCUCUUCUGAAUACCGCUGCAUUCCAGCACACUACCGUAUGCAACGUGUACAGCUCCACUGCCCCAGCGGUAACAGUCGGACCUACAAAAUCCGAAUGGUGACUUCCUGCAAGUGCAAGCGCUUUACCCGACACCACAACCAGUCAGAUGCCAAGAAUCCGGCUUCUCAAAGAACACGGCAGAACAAGAAGCGUGCACGUUUCCAGCAAAUACGGGGCCGAAGCAGAGAGCCUACUAUCAGCAGCAACUCGUACUGAGAAGCAGCUGUCCAUGCAUGUGAGCUCAUAAAAGACUCUGUCUGUCUGUCUCUCUCUCUCUCUCUCUGUCUCUCUCUCACACACACACACACACACACACACACACACACACACACACACACACACACACACACACACACACAUUGUCCAAAUACCAAUCAACAAGUUCAAGGGGUAGAAGACUAAAUAGAGAUAACAACCUGGCUGAAGCAUAUGCACCAUUUAAUGAGAUCAGCAAGUCUUUGGUGUGUUUCACAAGUCAUAAAAUUUGCAUGGUCAAUUGAACUUGAAUUAAUCCCAAUAAUAGAGAUGUUUGACAACAGAAAAGUAGACGGCUGUUGGACUCUUGCUUAAAAUGAGGUUUGUAGUUGUGGAAAGUCAGUGUAGAGAAUUCGAUGGUUUAUACUGUAUAUUCACAGUAUUCCUGUGGAGGGCUGAUGAUCUAAUUUUCUUGAAGUUCAUUAGAAGGGUGAUCAAGAUGAACAUUGACACCAAAGUUAACAAGCAUAACCAUGACCAAAUCCUACAUCAGCGAGGCUGCAAGCUUAUGGCUGAGGUGAAUGUUUGUAUAGCUGAAAUGAAGUCAUCUCUUUCGGGUGUACUGUAGCUCAUGAUCCAGCUGCCCAGGAGUGCUGGGCUCAGAAAACGUGCUGCUGGCGACACAUUGCUGAAAUUCAGCAUUCUUAACCCUGGUCACCUGCAAGGAACUCAUCUGACAGGCUGCAGUGAGGAAUUCCCACAGCAUUACCUUUCCAAAAGAGACCUUAUAGGAACUGUCAGCUGGAGCCGAGCCCACAGUCAGUGACAGAAAGUAGGAAUGGUUGGGUCAGCACUCCAUGAGCUGAGUCUGUUAGGGCCAAGAGCAGCAAACACUGUUUCUCUGUCCUGUCUUAAUUACUAAAUAGAUCCAUUCCUGUGUUUAGGAUUUGAGUCAUAAAAAGCCAUUUCCUCUCGACGUGGUCAGUUCCUGUUUGUUUGAAUAGCAGAAAAAGGGGGCCCACAUGCAUGUAGGAAUCUACAACAAUUGUGCCUGUUGUUACCUUAGGGGCAGAGCACUUUUCUACACCACCCCCGUUCUCUGGAAACCAUUUGGAGCUUCUUGGCCAGUUGGAAUAACUAAGUAGUGUUAAUGGUUAUCUAAUUGUAAUAACAGUGCGAUUUAAAUGCAAGGACAUUAAACCAACAAUCAGCAUGUACAUCUACAUGUAAUCUCAGUAUACCAUUUCAUUAUAAAAGCUUCCAUUAUAUUAUACAAUGUAUAAGCUUUACAAAUGUGCUGUGAAAUUAAUUGAAGAUUGACUUCUCUGGAUGGAAAAAUGACCUGACAAAACAACAAUGUCUUCCAGUGAAGCCAUGAAAGCAGUGUGCUUUUAACAACUGGAGCUGCCCAAAGAAUCAAUUCCUCAAACAUCCGUAGGAAAGCUUUAAGAGACAAACAUGAAAUACGGGACUGAACUCUGGAUGUAAGCACAUGCUGAUAUUAUACAGGAUGUACAGUAGGAGAGCUGUGGAAUCCCAAGACAGACAUUUGCCUGUCACAUCCAAUCCAAGUGUCUUGCCUCCAGUAUAUCUAAUGAAGAAUAUUUCACUCAUGUCCGGACAUUGUUCAACUCCAGAAUUUUUUCCAUCUUGCUUCCCAUCUCUGUUUUCUAUACAUAACUAACCAUGUUUGCUUCUUUUUUUCAAUUGUAUGUUUUGAAAAAGAAACUGAAAGUUUUUUUUUUUUUUGCCAUGUAAGCCAAAUUGCCAUGUAUUGGACAUAGUGUACUUACUUGGUCUAUUGAUACAAAACCCUUCAAAUGAGUACUGGAUGGAAGGAUUGCAGCUCUCUCCAAUCCUGAAAGAGACUCCUAUAAAGAAUGAACUGUAUAUUUAUUUUUGAAUUUCAACAUUUAAAUUAUUUAUGCAACCUUUUUUUAAAUGUAAAAUAAUAGCCAUUAUUGUUCCAUAUGACAUAAUAAUGAAUUUCCUAACAAAACGAGAACACAAAUAAAGUAAGUCAAAGUAUAUUUGAAA